AUGAGCGAUGGCCCAGACAUUAUGUUCUACCAAGGAAUCAUUCAGGUCAAGAAGAACAGAAAUACAAAAAAAGCCUUCCUGUCAUCCUUCGAUCAAGAGGUCAUGGAAUCUAUGAAAACGUUUAAACACUCAACCACAGAGUUCAUUCAAAUUAGUAUACCAGCCUUAGCCACGAUGAUCAUUGGUCCGUUAAUGAUACUCAUGUACCAUUCAUCGACUGAAUUUUUCUGGUCUCUAACAGAAUUUCCGUCAAUGCCCAAUAUUAACCAAUGCGUUGCUUGUUUUCUGACUCCAGCAGGGCUUGUGUAUGCUUUGUCGUUCGGUUUUGCAUUUCAGCAAGCUCUUGCAAAGCAAAAUGAUGUAUUAAACAAAAUGACCACCGAAAUAAGUUUCUUGGAUCAAAUAGCAACUCUUACUUGUAAGGUAAACUUCAGGACAGGGGGAAUACGUACAAGUAUUUACCGAGCUCUAAAAUCUGAAGCUAUAUACAUGAUGACAUUGGUUCAAAACAGAAAACUGUCCAGCUUCAACAGUAAACCAGACUGUGAUAUAUCAAUUGAUAUAUGGAAUUUGUUAGAUCUACUGAGAGAAACCAAUAGAACAACCGAACAUUAUGUCGAUACUAUCAUGGUUCGAUACAUCAUCGAUUAUACAUCGAUUCUUAAUAGUGUGUGUUCUGAUCAAAUCGGUAUAUUACACUCCAGAAUUAAUUGGAUACUAUGGACAUUUCUUGUAACUCUAGGAUUUUUCUCACUAUAUGGUGUCAUGAUGAUACAAGCCUUCUCCUACAAGAUGGAACUCAUGCUGUGUACUCUGACAUUGUUUUCUAUUGGAAUGCUGUGUUACAUAGUAGCUGACUUAGAUUCUCCAUUUACGGGAAUAUUUCGUAUUGAUCUGUCUAUUCUGAUUGAUGUAAUUCGACGCAUUGAAAUUAUGUGCACGUUGGAGGAAUCAGGGAGAACGGACCUUGUUUACUAUCCAGACAGUUCUUAUUUUAACAACAUUGAUUAAACAUGACUGCUUAAAAAUUGAUAUAAAGAAUGUUCAUUAACAUAAAUCUUCAUGAACCUAAGUAAAGUAGCCACACAAAAGGAAAUGUAUGGGUGUUUUGAUUUUGUUGUUGUUUUGUUCAUUUGUUCAUAUGUCUGUCAGAAAAAUCGUCAGUGUUUUUUUCAGUGGCGGAUCCAGAAAUUUUCAUAAGGGGGCCCACUGACUGCCUAAGUGGGGGCCCGCUCCAGUCAUGCUUCAGUGAUUCCCUAUAUAAUCAACCAAAU